AUGAUCUCAUCAACCUAUGAUCCUUGUCUCCUGCUUCCCUCUGAUGACAACGCAGACUUCGGCAUAGUCGGUAUGCAGACCGAUGAUACCAUCGGCCUCUCCGACAGCUUGUUCGAUGCCAGAGAGGGCGAUGAGCUCGCCAAGGCAUCGUUCUCGGCGAAGCCCAAGACGUACUUGAGCGCUGACGAGAAGCUCCUGUUCAACGGAGGAAUCGUCGCGAUGGCCUCAUCCGACAGCACUGUCAUUACGCAGAGGCAGAAAGGCCAGGGGACGAAGCUACAGCUGAUCGACGCGAAGUCGCCGACUGCUAAGCAAGAUUACGUCCAGCAGCGGGCACGUGGUGCCUACAUUGCCUCCAUCUGCCAACCCGAGGCAUGCUUCGACCUGUCGACAGCGGCCCAGCAGCAGGAUCCGACCGAUGAGGAUAUCAAGAACCUCAACCGAAGGAUCGAGUGGCAGAUGAAAUCCCUCGAUCGUGGCCUCACUUUCGUGCCCCUUGACCUGGCAUCCGCAAAGCUCUUUGUGUUCGUGGAUGGAUCAUUCGCUAACAAUCGCGAUAUGACCUCACAGCUCGGCUUCAUCAUCAUCCUCGGAAACGAAGAGCCGAUCAACGGCCACGAGGAUGCCUUCACCCUGACCGGCAACGUCGUUCACUACAGCUCAACGAAGUCCAAAAGAGUCACCAGAAGCGUGCUGGCCUCAGAGAUCUAUGGCAUGGUGGCAGGCGUAGACAUGGCCUAUGCCAUCUCAUCCACACUGGCCAUGAUCACGAAGAAACUCAACCUCCCUCCUAUACCCACAAUCGCGUGUACAGACUCCUACUCACUGUACGAGUGCCUGGUCAAGCUGGGCACAACUCAGGAAAAGCGCCUGAUGAUCGACAUCAUGGCCCUUCGGCAGUCGUACGAGAGACGCGAGUUGUACGAAGUCCGAUGGAUCCAUGGAGACGAUAACCUGGCAGACGCCUUCACGAAGGCAACGCCCAACCAGGCCCUUGAGAACUUCAUCACAACUUCAUCAGCGCAGAUACGAAUGGAGGGAUGGGUCGCCCGAGCCUGA